ACAAUAUAAAUUCUGUAGCACAUGGAGGGAAAUUGCGCUUUCCACCGAUAACAUAGAACUGUUGACAAAUAUAACUGUUCAAUGAAAGUGUAUUUGUUGAAGUUAUAGAUCAGGUUGAAUUGAGGAAAAGAGUUAUGAUGACUAAGUAAUAUCAUCCAAAAAUAGCUAUGAAGAAGAACUACAAACUUUCUUGGUUUUAUCAAAACUCUACCGCUUUAUCAAAAGGUGUGGUACAGCCUGAAGAAGUACAUGUACGGCCUUCAGCUUUUACAGUUUUGAAUAAAAGUAAAGAAGAUGGGUUAUCAGUUCCUUCAAGAUAUUGUGUUUUGGGGUCAAAAAACAGGACUACAACAUCUCCUGUCACUAGUAGAACAGAUUUAGGACAAUUUAAUCCACUAUCACAGUUUUCUCCAGCUAAGUUGCCACCGACUUGGUCAAUCCUCCGAUACUAUCUUCUGAAGUACAGAAAAUAUGCACAGAAUGGCCAUCAUGAUCAGUUCCAGAAUAUUUCAAAAAGUUUGUGUCCAUAUGUAUUUGCCAAUGUGAACUCAGAAAUCCAAGUCUACAGUGAUGUAUAUGCAAGUGUUGGGAGGAGAAUUUCAAAUUUCAAAUGGCGAUGUAUUUCUUCAGCACAGACAGGUUAUAGAGAAAGAGGUUUACUUGAUCUGGUGCCCUACAACAGACCAUCAGUAUCUGUUAAUUCAUCCAUGUGUUUCCACACAUCUUGCCACUUAACCAAAUCUGAUGAUGCUGACAUUGCUACUUGCACAGUGGACCAUGUGACUAGUGAAGGCGAUUAUACCUGUACGUCGGAACAUAUGGAUAGCUCUGUUCCAGGAAACACAGAAGCGAUGGGAUGUAGAUGCAUCAACUUCGUCCAGACAGGAACGGAAGCAUACUUUAACAGACAGAAUAAGUCCAGCGGAAAGUCUCAUGUCUACAGGACAUGAGUUCGAUCAUCCUAAAAACCAAUCAUCUAAUCUAGUCUCGGAGAUGUCUCAUCCGUUGAACAAACCAUUGCACGAAGUACAAAAUGAAACAGUAAAAGAAAUAAUUGAUGUUUCCUCUGUGUUGCCUGAAAGUGAAAAUACCGAUAUUGGAAAAGGAAGGAGUGAACCAGCAUCAAAUUUAGAAUGGAGUGAGAUUGGGACUGUUGAAAAAGAGAAGAAAAACAUUGGCAAGGUAUUGGAAGAUAUAGACAAAGUGAACACAGAAAAUGGCAGGAGCAAAUCAAUAUGGGGGAAAUCAGCCUUUUUACCACCAGGAAAUAAGAAAACAGCAUUUCACAAAAAUGAAGAUAGUAGUCUACUGACAGAAAGAAUAAGGAAAAGAAACAAACAAAACAUUGAACAAAUUUCAGAAUUUGAAAAAAAUAAUGAUCUUCCAAACCUAGAUGAGAACUUAGGUGAGAUGGAAGUGAAGAAACAGCAGAAGUGUAUGGAUGAAAAUGAAGUGAAUUAUGAUGGCCGUGUUAAAGGCCAGCCAUAUGAUAAUGGUUCAGAUGUAUUUAAGAUGGUGGAGAAAAUACCAUCCAAUGUUGCUGAGACCAUAGCUAAAUACGGUAUUAAAUCUGUGAUUGAAGGCUACACUUGUCUUGUUGCCCGCUGUCCCAAGCUGCCAAGGUCAAGGUCAAAGAAAGGCAACAGCAGCCAAACAUAUGGUAGCCUGUACAUCAAUGCUACUUCAGGUCAUUUUCAGUGUGACGAAUGUCAGCGAUAUGGCACAUGGACUGCUCUCCAACUCAACGUUGAAAACAUACGUGCUAUCAAGAAACCUUCCAAGCUUGAUUAUCUGUGUAUGGCAGAAGUGCGAGGGGCAUCACUCCUAACACAGGGAGCCGAUGAGGCGGAGAUCUACAUGAAGGAAGGGAUACAACUGAAUCAGGUGGACACAAACGAUCUGCAAUUGGUUCUAGAGAAGUUUGAAUGUGAUAAUCUGUCUUUGUCAACUUUGAUGAAGUAUAAUGUACGAUACCAUAGUGAGGAUGAUGCCCUUUUGUUGCCAUUCUACCUGCCAGAUGAGACCCUGAUCAGUACAAAAAAACUCACCUGUCAGUCCCAGGAUUACUCGGACAGCUGUGAUGUUUUAAAGGAAUUUAUAUCCCCAAUCGGAAAGUCUCACCUGUUUGGUUGGGAUCAGAUUUCAAAGGACGACGAUUCAAUAAUUCUCACUGCCAGUGAAUUUGAUGCCAUGGCAAUAGCAGAGGCCACAAAUUAUAAAGCUUUGUCUCUCCCUAUGGGAACUUCCUCUAUACCUAUUCAGUCCUUACCUGCCCUCGAAAGGUUCAAGAAGAUCCUGUUGUGGUUUGAAAAUGACCUGUUAUCUUGGAAAGCUGCAAAAGCAUUUGCCAGGAAGCUGAAUGAUUCUAGAUGCUUCGUAAUCAGGCCAAGUGUUGAUAACCCUGGUCCAUAUAGAGCACUACAACAGGGCCUGUCUUUGAAGAAGAUUAUCAAGAAUGCUCACCAGAUCAUACAUGAAUCCAUCGUUGGAUAUUCCCAUAUGAAAAGCGAGGUUUACUCUGAGCUGGCGAAUCUUAAGUUGGUAGCUGGAACAGAGUGGAAGAGGUACACACCUCUUAAUAACAUAUUGAAAGGUCAUCGCCGUGGGGAACUGACUGUAGUCACAGGCCCAACAGGAUCUGGCAAGACGACUUUCAUGAGCGAGUAUUCACUUGACCUUUGUGAAUCAGGGGUGAGGACAUUGUGGGGAAGUUUUGAGAUACCGAAUGUAAAACUGGCCAAAGUGAUGCUCACACAGUUUGCAAAAAAGAACCUGUCAAGCCAUUUAGAUGAGUUUGACUUUUGGUCCAAACGGUUUGAACAUCUGCCACUGUUUUUUAUGACGUUUCAUGGUCACCAGGCAAUUCAGAGCGUCGUUGAUGCAAUGACCCAUGCUGUGUAUGUCCACGAUAUUGAACACAUCAUUGUGGACAACCUCCAGUUCAUGAUGGGAGCAAUGGAUGCCGACAAGUUUUAUGUGCAAGAUCGUAUUAUCAGCAGUUUCAGAAACUUUGCCACCACUUUGAACUGUCAUAUCACUGUCGUUAUCCACCCACGAAAGGAGAAGGAAGAAGAACUCUCUACAGCAUCAGUGUUUGGUUCAGCGAAGGCCACUCAAGAGGCUGAUAACAUACUUAUCCUUCAGGACCGAAGGAAGACCAAUCCACGAGCUGGUAAAUAUAUACAGGUUGUGAAGAACAGAUUUGAUGGAGACUUGGGAAAGAUGUUGCUGAAGUUUGAUAAAGAAAGUUACACCUUUGCUAACAAGGAGCUGGAUUCAGUGAUGACAAAGAAACUGUCCCGUCGUCAGGAUCCUGUUGUUGAAGAGGUCAGGGAGAUAGGUGAUGACCGCAGUUUCCAAACUAGACAUUCACAGGAUGGAAAUGAUACUGAACAAAGAAGGACAAAUUUUCCUUCUGAUCCCGAGGUGAAAAUGUUCGAAUAUGUUUCAUUAAAUCAGUUACAAGAUCGGGAUGAACAAGAGAUGGAAUUGGCGGAGGAUAAUGAUACUGCAGAGCGUUUAUUGUAUUGAUAAGGAACAAUUCUACUAUGUGGAAUGUUUUCGUAGAAAUAUGGAGAAUUCUCUAUUGAUUAUGUUUAGGUCGAGUGGUAACCAUCGAGUGGUAACCCCAAAAAUGGAAAUGAAUGUAGAAUUGUUACAUGAAAGUGAAGGUCAGAGUGUUUUAAAUAUCAUUUUUCAGCAUUAAACUUUUUUUAUUAACUUUACCAUAUGAAAUCUCAAGUGAGGCCUAAAAAGAAAAUAAAUGUUUUCGCUAACACUACCAACCCUGUAUUUUUGUGCUUACCCUGAAGUUUUUUUGACCAUUUUUAAGGAAGGACUAUUUAAGCUGUCUAUAUAACCUUAGUAAAAACUAUUAAAAAAUGAAAAGAUUCCUGCACCAACCUUCCUACCCUAUUUUCUUGCAUGUUAGCAGAAACACAUAUUAUUUUUAUAAGCCUGACCUGUUCUCAUCACCUUUUUGUCCAUUAUUGUGUCUAUAAACAGUUUACAUUUAUCGACACAUAUCCAUUUGAAAUCAAUUUUGAUGAAACCUUUGGCCUAAGAUGAAUCAAAAUUGUAAAUUUGAAUCUAGAUAAUUGGUUAGAUUGUUCAAAUGUUUUUUGACAGUUGACAAUAAUGUGUUUGGCAUUUAUAAUAUGAGAGAUCUUGCUAUGUUUACAUAUUUGUCGGACCA